AGUCAUGCCUGAUGCCAUGGACAGCACCACCAGCAAGCGCUACGAGGGUAAAAUCCCGUGGGUGCAGCGCUCACAGCCAGCAGUGCGCCGCCAGCAGUGUAGGAUCCUGGACGAUCAGAAGAACGCUGCAAUGGUAGCUGAUAAUGUGGAGUGUGAAAAAACCAGCCUCUUUGCAAACUGGAAGGAGAAGGACCAGCACGAACAGAAGAGUCUGGAAGAUAAUUACAAAACUAUCAACAAAGAAACACAAGCUGUAAAAACAGCCAGACUUGCAGUGCGCAGAGAGUUGCUGGCUAAUAAGCUAGAGGAAGAAGACAGACAGUGCCAGAGCGAACUGCAAGCAAAAGGAUUAGCUCAAUUCAAAGAACGUAGAUAAACCAUCAGUUCAAUCAUUCAAAUACCACCUCUCAUUUCACAAUUCAUGUUCUACUACGACUUUUCUUAACUGACAUUUUUGUUUAAAGUUUGCCUGAACAAUACCGGCUCAGUUACAUAUUUGUCAUUUGAUGAUUACAUUUUGCACAGGUUGCAGAAUAAUCAGCAAAUCUUACGAUAAAAGUUCAA